AUGCAGGAAUCCGUGAAGUUCAAUCUUAAGGAGGUUAAGUCGGACCUUCUGCACGCGAUACACGAAUGCUCUCAACGUGGUUUGCUGCACACCACCAAAUGGUUAGCGGAAUUAAAUUAUUCGUUGAAGAACGUAGAUAUAGAUCCACACGAUUUAACAGCGAACAUGAAUGUACCAGUGAUCGGCGAAGCGGAGGAUAUCUAUACCUUGGCUAAAACGUACUUCGAUCUGAAGGAGUACGACAGAGCGGCGUAUUUCACGAUGGACUGUAUAAGUCCUAAGAUCAGAUUUCUACAUUUGUAUUCGCGCUAUCUGUCAGGGGAGAAGAAGAAGAUAGACGAUAUGACGGACGUGCCGCCGGAUCCUCUGAAAAAUGAGACUCUGAAGUAUCUUAACGACGAUCUAAAGGCGGAUCACCGAGCGUCGAAGUUGGAUGGCUACGGAUUGUAUCUUUUCGGCGUGACGCUGAAGAAGCUGCAACUCACUAAAGAUGCGAUAGAUGUUUUAGUGGAAUCUAUACAUAAGGAGCCUAUGCAUUGGGGUGCGUGGUUAGAGCUGGCUGCAUUAAUCACGGACAGGGAGAAACUAGAGAGUUUGUGCCUGCCUAAUCAUUGGAUGAAGUAUUUCUUCAUGGCGCAUAUGUACUUAGAACUGCAGCUCAUAGAUGAAGGCCUAGCGUUAUACUGCCAACUGCAAUCAAUGGGCUUUCAAAAGAAUGGUUACGUUUUAGCUCAAACUGCAAUUGCAGUGCAUUAUAGAAGAGAUGUUGAUAAUGCAAUAGAAACUUUCAAAAGAAUAAUAGAUGAAGAUCCUUAUUGCCUUGAUAACAUGGAUACGUAUUCAAAUCUACUUUAUGUAAAAGAAAUGAAAGUUGAACUGGCAGAUCUGGCACACAGAGCUACCGAGAUAGAUAAAUAUAGAUUGGAGACUUGUUGUAUAGUUGGAAAUUAUUACAGUUUAAGAGCUGAUCAUCAAAAGGCAGUGAUGUACUUUCAUAGAGCGUUAAAGAUGAAUCCGCAAUAUUUGUCAGCUUGGACAUUGUUAGGUCAUGAAUUUAUGGAAAUGAAGAAUACCAAUGGUGCUAUCCACAGUUAUAGGCAGGCGAUUGAGGUGAAUAGACGAGACUACAGAGCAUGGUACGGCUUGGGUCAGACGUACGAAAUUUUGAAAAUGCCUUUUUAUGGACUCUAUUAUUAUAAACAAGCUCAGUUAUUAAGGCCCCAUGACAGUAGGAUGGUUCUAGCUUUGGGCGAAGCAUACGAGAAGCAAGAUAAAAUUCAGGACGCACUUAAAUGCUAUUACAAAGCAUGCAACGUAGGUGACAUAGAAGGAAUGGCACUCUUAAAAUUAGCAACGCUGUAUGAGAAAUUAGGAGAACACGAUCAUGCAGCGGCAGCUUAUACAGAUUUUGUAAUGGAUGAAUCUCGAAGUGUCGACAGAACAGAGCUUAGUCAUGCAUAUAAAUAUCUCGCACAGUAUCACUUAAAGAAGGAACAAUUGGAUCAAGCUUAUCAUUACGCACAAAAAUGCCUUCAGUUUGAUGAAACAAAGGAGGAAGCAAAAGUGUUGUUAAAAACUAUUUCUGAAAAAAGAACUAAAGUAGAAGAAACUUCUAUGGUGGUGGAUGAUAUGAACGAAACGGACCCUGUAAUUGAACAAAGAGCGCGAACGGAUGCAACACCUGGAAGUCAACUAUCGCCGAUGAAUCUCUCAUUCGCACCUACGCCAUAAACAAAAUAGAUAUUUUCUACUUAUAGUAUACAUAAUUUUAAUAUUUGUAAUUCUGUAUACAAGUAUACACAUAAAAUAUUCAAUAAUUCUUUUGUAUUGUAUAUUUAGUAAAUUAUUCUUUUUUCCUAAAGAUUGCAAUGUUAAAAUUUCUCGAGAAUUUCAUGUUUUACGUUUACGCGAGCGUUACUUCUGUAGUAACUUACGAUAAUUCCUUCCGUAAACGGGAUUUUGUAGUAACUUACG